ACACUUGUUUUGCACUAGAUGGACAAGUCUGGCAAAGUGAUUGCAAAGUGGGAUAGUAGAGCAACAAAAAUUUACACAGAAAUUUGUGUAGAAGAGGCCAAUGCACGGAACAGGCCACAACAAUUUCUAAAUGCCGAAGGGUAUUCUAACCUCAUAUGGAAGUUUAAGGAACGCACUGGUCGCACUUACACCAGGGAUCAAAUAAAGAAUAGGUGGGACUCCUUAAAGACAAUGUUCACCCAGUGGAAAACUCUUAAUGAAAGGGCUACAGGUCUUGGUCGAGACCCUCAUACUGGUUCAAUCAGUGCGCCAGAUGAGUGGUGGGCUAAGCAAAAUGAAGCAAUGCCAGGGUGUAUUAUGUUCAAAACAGCCCCCCUAGAGAAUGAGGACGAGCUAAAGGUUAUGUUUGGACCCAUUGUCUGCACAAAUGAAAGAACCCUUGUUCCUGGCGUCGAGGAUGCAAAUUCAUCAUCUGAUGAUCAUGUCGAAGCCACUUUAGGUGGGGGUGAAAACAGCACACCUGACCCAUGCUCAAAUGCGACUGGGAAGCGUAAGGUGCGUCAUGAUUCUCCUAAACCAAAGAAGAAAAAAGAUAUGAGGGAAGAGUACAUGAAACGCCUAGUGGAGGCUUUUGAGUCGCGUUCAAUGACCACUAACAAGUCCAUAACCUCUGCUGAGACCGACCCUGUUCGUGUUGAGGUUAUUGCGCAGUUGCAACAAGUAAUCGAUGAUGGUUCACCAGAAGGCAGCGACCUACAUUUGUUUGCCACUCAUCUGUUGAUUGAGAAAAAGUAUAGAGAUGUAUUUGCAUCACUGAAGACCAAAGAAGGAAGGAACGCUUGGCUGCGCCGUGCUUUCGAGAUUGAUGUUAAAAAGUCCACUUAGAUGGAGGUCGUCCGACAACAGAGGCUGAUGUUCACUAUUAUGUUAGUCGUGUCACUAUUAUGAGUCUUGUCGUGUUACAAAAUAAACAUGUCGUACGCAUAAUUUUCCCUUUCGAACAAUUUUGCAAUUAUUCGAGUUGAACAUGUAUUUGAAUAA